AUGUCGACUGCCUGCACCGUGCGCACGUCCAAGUUCCUGACCAACGCCCUCCUCGGCCGUCGCCAGAUGGUUGUGGACGUCAUUCAUCCUUCGCGGGCGUCGGUGCCCAAGACCGAGCUGCGUGAGGAGCUCGCCAAGAAGUACAACGUGGCCGACCCGUCGACCAUCAUCCUCUUCGGCUUCAAGAUUGCCUUCGGUGGUGGCCGCUCCAAGGGCUUUGCCCUCAUCUACGACGACGCCAAGGCCCGCGACGCCUUUGAGCCCAAGUACCGCCUCAUCCGUGCCGGCCUCGCCACCGCCACCGAGUCGUCCCGCCGCCAGCGCAAGGAGCUCAAGAACAAGCUCAAGAAGGUCCGCGGUACCGCCAAGGCCCGCAAGUAA